AUGGCCUCUCCAUUUAAUACCUCAACGUUGCCACUAGCCGAAGAUUCGCAAUCGAUUGACCAGAAGAAACAAGGCGACUCGAAUCGUUGUUCCAAUGUCCUUCUAGAGAAGCGCGCAGCAGAUGCUAACACAGUGGAAGAUAAUCCAGAAACAAUUAUCGUAGACUGGGACGGUCCAGAUGAUCCCGCAAAUCCAAGAAACUGGUCCAAGAGACGCAAAUGGGCUGCAGCAUUAACUGUCUCCGCCUUCACCUUUAUUUCUCCCGUCUCGUCCUCCAUGGUAGCACCCGCUGCCAACCAGAUUGCUGCUGAAUUUCAUAUCACAAGUAGCGUUGAAAUAGCUAUGACAAUCUCUGUAUUCGUCCUUGCAUACGCGGUCGGCCCACUUUUUCUCGGACCUCUCAGCGAGAUGUACGGACGCGUCUUAAUCCUGCGAGGUUCGAAUCUAUUUUUUAUUGCCUGGAAUUUAGCGUGUGGAUUUUCGCAGAACAAGGCGCAACUCAUUGCAUUUCGGUUCCUCUCCGGGCUCGGUGGUAGUGCACCAUUGGCUACCGGCGGCGCCGUUCUGAGCGACAUGUGGACGCCGGAUCAGCGUGGGCAAGCCAUCGCCAUCUACUCUCUCGCUCCCUUGUUGGGCCCGGUCAUCGGUCCGGUGGCUGGCGGCUGGAUAGCGCAGCUGUCUACUUGGCGUUGGGUGUUCCGCUCCACAAGCAUCGCAGCCGCUGUCGUUCAGCUUUUCGGUUAUUUCUUUCUACGCGAGACGAAUGCCCCAUUACUUCUCGCACGAAAGGCGAAGCAGAUUAAAAAGGAACUAGAUAUCGAGAAGGGCUCACGUACGGUCCGCACGGUAUACCAGACCGAAGACAGGCGUUGGAAACGGCUCUUCGCGAAGUCCCUAUUCCGGCCGUUCAUCUUAUUCGCUCAGGAGCCAAUCAUUCAGCUCUUGGGCAUCUACCUCGCCUUCGUCUAUGGAACAGUCUACCUUGUCCUUACGACGAUCCCGGAUAUCUUCCAGUUUACUUACCACGAGAAGGCUGGUGUUGCCGGUCUUCAGUAUAUCUCGCUGGGCAUCGGGCUAUCUAUUGCAUCGCAGACUAAUGCUCGUAUGCUGGAUCGUGUCUAUCGUCGCCUCAAGGAGCGAAAUGGUGGCGUGGGUCUUCCUGAGUUCCGUCUGCCUAAUGUGAUGCCCGGAACACUUCUUCUCCCUAUCGGUCUCCUCAUCGCGGGAUGGGGUGCUGAAAAGCAUGUCCAUUGGAUCUUGCCCGAUAUCGGAUUCGCAUUCAUAGGAGCUGGAACGAUACUCAUUUUCCAAGGUAUACAGACGUAUGUCAUCGACGCAUUCACCGCACAUGCUGCCUCCGCUUUGGCCGCGGUAUCCUGCCUACGUUCUUUGGCAGGUUUCGGUUUCCCACUCUUCGCCCCCGCCAUGUACAAAGCACUCGGAUACGGUGUCGGCGACACAAUUCUGGCCGCGUUUGCGCUUGCCGUCGGAUUUCCUGCGAUCUGGUUAUUUUGGAAGUAUGGAGCACGCAUCCGAGGAAUGAGCAAGCAUGCGCGCCAGGAUGAAAAGCCUGCCCAGGGCGCAGGCCUCUAA